AUGGCGCCACGCUGGGCCAGGUUCAUCCAUCCAGAAGCACCAGAUGUAAACAGCAAAUACCAACCGACGGACGACAAGAUCUUUAGAUCUCCAUUCGGCCCAUUCCCCCCAACACCCAAGGAUCUGAAUGUGCAUGAGCUGUGCUUUCCGCCUGAUCAGCCUUUGCCACCAGACUAUGACCUGUUCAUCGAUGCUGUGACCGACCAAAGGAUCACGCUCCAUCAAUUUUAUGAGAGAGCCUGUGCAUUGGCACGAGUAUUUCGUUAUGAUGGGCCGAAUCCUUUGGGAUUGACCCGCUCACCAGUCGACGACAAAGACAAUGGAGAGAUCCUGGGUCUCUUUUCCCGCAACAACAUCCACUACUCGAUGUUGGCUCAUGCGUGUUUUCGUUCCGAGCUGGUGUUUGGCGGAAUAAGUCCAGCAUCCACCUCGUACGAGCUGUGGCAUGUUCUGAGAAAGAUGCAGAUCACAUCGAUUGUGUGCCACGAGACGCUUCUCCCCGUUUUGCACGAAGCUAUCAAACUCGGUGUCGACCCGGUCAACGACAAGCUCCCCCUUGUGCUCGAUCAAAGAAAGAUCAUCGUGCUGGCCGAUGAUUCUUCCUUGGAUUCCGUCGGGGGUUAUCCAACUGUAGAGUUCUUCAUCCGGCGUGGCUUGCAGAUGCAGGAGCGCAAAAGAAAACUGAUUGGCGGCGAAAAACUGUGUUACUUGUUCCAAUCGUCAGGCACGUCUGGUUUGCCUAAGGCGAUGAUGAUUUCCCACAGAAAUGCCAUCCAUAGCGGUUUACAAAGCACCGUAACGGCGACCAUGACUGCACUGUUCAACCGAGUCGAACCGCUGACACACCAAAUACAACUUGGAAUUGUCCCAGCAUACCAUUCUUACGGCAUGAUCACUUGGAUCCUGCGCGUCAAUCUUGUUCCCUCGACCAACAUCAUGAUGUCCAAAUGGGAUAUCGAACUCGCCCUGAAAUGCAUUGAAAAGUACAAAAUCACAGUCCUACCUCUGGUUCCUCCGGUUGUGAGACAGCUUGCGCAGUCACCACUGACUGACAAAUACGACCUAUCAUCGGUGGUCAGCUGCUUCAGUGGUGCCGCGUAUCUUCCGCCCGAAGUCGCAUACAAGCUUGCCCAGAAACUGCCCGUGAAAAACCCCAUCCCCUCUGGUUAUGGUCUGUCGGAAGCCGCAUCCAUUGCGGCACCCCCUAUCGAAGGUAUCUUCGGCUUGAAAGCAUCCGAGCCGGGUACAAUCGGCUACCUUCUCCCGGGAAUGGAAGGCCGAGUUGUUGACCCGGAUACCCUACAAGAUGUGCCGAAGGGUACCAAGGGCGAGCUGUGGGCAAGGGGAAAUGUUGUAUGCAUGGGAUACUUUCGAGAUCCGCAGGCUACUGCCGAACUGUUCGCGGAGCCUGGCUGGCUGAGGACAGGAGACCUUGUUUUGCGGGAUGCAGAAGAUCGAAUUCAUUACCUUGAUCGUCUGAAGGAGAUGAUCAAGGUGAAAGGAUUGCAGGUGGCCGCGACCGAGGUGGAAGAUACUCUGCUUGAACACCCAGAGAAACUUGUUACAGAUGCAUGUGUCGCCGGAGUCGAUAAUGGUCGGGGGGACGGAAGUUUGUUUCCGAGGGCAUGGGUGGUGCUGAGUACCGAAGGAAAGAAACAAGGUGCAGCAGCAGUGAUCCAGAAGUUGAAUGAGCAUGUCGGGCAGCGCUUGAGUAAACACAAGCAUCUUGCAGGAGGAAUCGAAAUUGUCGACUCGGUGAGUCUAAAACCCACGAUAUUAGGGUUCCUGCUGACCAUCAUCCUCUAG